GGGAUUAGAUGUGCUGCUUCUUUCUUCCGGGGUUGUGGAACAACAAGUUCCCAAUUCCAGUUAAACAGAAGCUCCCCCUUCAGUAAAGUCCAGUAACUACCCACACUCUUCAGUCUGGUCAUCGACUGGCUGUCCUUUGAAUUGAGCAAUGCAGAAUGGGAGACCGACAUAUCGGAGAGAUAUCAGCUCGAAAAGAAGAGGUGGACUUGGUACGCCAUGAAGUAGCGGAGGUACAAAACUUUGUAAAAAGUGGAAAUCAGUUUUUGAAGAUUACCCGAUCAUUCAUUGCAAACUCUGUGCGAAAGGGAAAGCUGACUCGAAUAAAAGGAAGAACCUACUUUAAAGAGGCAGUGCAUGCAAUUAUAUUUUGUGGGCGCAUUAAUAUUCCCAUAAUUAAUCCUGAAGAAAUGAUGGAACAUCAUGAAUUUCAAUUAUUGUCUGAAACAUAUCCAGAUGCCUUUCAGAAAUACGACUCCCAUCUCCCAAAACGUCCUCCUUACGCAGUGCUACUUGGUGCAGUUGUUGAAAUCAUAGGAACUGACUUUAAUGAAGUUUUGAAAUGUCUAAAAGAUCUAAAUCGUGACAUGCUUGUGGAAUUUACUGGCAACAAUUGCAACAAAUUGGGAAACAUCUUUAUAUCAGAAGUUAUCUGCUGCUGCUAUCUUUGGGAUGUUACUACCAGAGAAAAAACAGACAAUUAUUUUGGUGCUGUAGUGUCAGUUAGAGGAAGACAACAGAAAGAAAUUAUGUUUGAUAUAUUGUGCUGUCAAACAUGGCACCUGUACAUUAGCUUGGCAGUAUGUAUCUCCCAAAAGUUUAAUAAAAUAUCAUUAAGGUUUCCACCUGAACUUCAAAUUGAAGUUGUAGAUACAAUACAUAGUGGUCAAUAUGAUCUCCCAUCUGGGGUUCAGGUAUGCAACUCACUUGAAAGUUCACCUUAUAAGUUAUGCUUUGAUAUAUAUAUCAAUAAUAAUCCAAAAUUUGAAUUUGACAUCAGUGCUAAGUGUGAAUCUCUAAGCCAGCUUCUAUAUGCUAACCGGCAAAUUGUUGAGAAAUUAGAAUUCUUAGACACAUUCAUUUUAAUUAAUUCCACGAAGCUGACUAAUUACAAACGACUUGAAAACAAUCUCAAAUUAUUAGAAUUUAAUGUUGGACAGCAUUUGCAAUUUUAUGAUCCAAAUGAAUAG